AUGUCCAGUAAGCGGGCCAAGGCCAAGACCACCAAGAAGCGGCCACAGCGGGCCACGUCCAAUGUCUUUGCGAUGUUCGACCAGUCCCAGAUCCAGGAGUUUAAGGAGGCCUUCAACAUGAUCGACCAGAACCGAGACGGCUUCAUCGACAAGGAGGACCUGCACGACAUGCUGGCCUCGCUGGGGAAGAACCCCACGGACGAGUACUUGGAGGGCAUGAUGAGCGAGGCCCCCGGGCCCAUCAACUUCACCAUGUUCCUGACCAUGUUUGGGGAGAAGCUGAACGGCACGGACCCCGAGGACGUGAUCCGCAACGCCUUCGCCUGCUUCGACGAGGAGGCCUCAGGUUUUAUCCACGAGGACCACCUUCGGGAGCUGCUCACCACCAUGGGCGACCGCUUCACGGACGAGGAGGUGGACGAGAUGUACCGCGAGGCCCCCAUCGACAAGAAAGGCAACUUCAACUACGUGGAGUUCACCCGCAUCCUCAAACACGGGGCCAAGGACAAAGACGACUAGGCCCCGGCCCCGUGCCCCCAUCCCAGUCACCUGCUCCCCCCACACGCAGUCUGCACCUGCUCACACCCACGGGACUCCCUCGGGGGAGCCUCCCUCUGAGGGGUUAGGGGCCCAGCUC